AUGUUCCUCGUGUUCCAGCUCUACACGCACUCAGAGUUCUUCUCGGACGAAGCUGGUGAGGGUGAGGAACACCACGAGGAGGAGGCUGAGAUGUCUUUGCCCGGAGCGACCGUGCUGCUAGCUGCAAGCACUUUGGUCGUGGCUGCCUGUUCGGAGGGCCUUGUCGAUUCCAUCGAAGAUGUUUCGGAAAAUUUCGGCCUACCGAAAGCCUUCAUUGGUGUGAUCUUGCUACCGAUUGUAGGGAAUGCAGCUGAGCACGCCACAGCUGUCACCAGCGCCACAAAGGGCAUGAUGGACCUGUCCUUGGGCGUAGCUGUCGGCUCGUCAACUCAGAUCGCACUGUUUGUCGUUCCUUGUGCAGUGCUCUGGGGCUGGAUUUUCGACAGCCCCAUGACGCUUAGCUUCCGAAACUUUGACACCGCUUGCCAGAGCCCCAAGCUGUUUACGGUACUUGCGUGCAUCGAUGCAGGUACACUGCGCUCGAUCGGUAGGUGUACUGCCUUUGCAGGCUUCUGGAGUUUGGACAGCUAA